GUGUAAUCCGAACACCCAAACACCCCCACAAAAGAAAGUUCCAAACAUCUAUACUCGCUCUCACCCACUCACUAGCCAGAAUUUUGCAGAGAUGAGCGAAGAGGGGAAGAGAUCUCCGGCCACUGGUACCUUUCCGGCUAAGCCGCCGUAUACGGCGGAAGAUCGGAAAACCCCCGCAUCUUCGUUAUCGACCUCUUCUUCCAGCAGCAGGAAAGUCGUCAUCAAGAGUGCCGAUAUGAAGGAAGAAAUGCAAAACGAAGCCGUGAAUAUCGCCAUUUCCGCGUUUGAGAAUUGCAGUGUGGAGAAGGAUGUGGCAGAACAGAUAAAGAAGGAGUUUGAUAAGAAUCAUGGUCCUACUUGGCACUGUAUCGUCGGCAAAAACUUCGGUUCUUAUGUGACUCAUGAGACGAAUCAUUUUGUUUAUUUCUAUUUGGAAUCGAAAGCAGUGUUGCUGUUCAAAUCUGGUUAGCAUGCUUUAAUGGUGGUGGUGGUGACUGGUGGUGCUUCUUGGACAUGUAUGUACUCGAAAAACCAAUAGAAUUUGAAUAUGCUUGUGGUGUUUGUAUAUUAGUGUGGACUUAUUGUUGUGUUUGAGUGCUUUUAUAAUACAUUUGAUUGUCUCCUAUGUCUUCUGUUCUGGUGUUAUUUUCUCUUACUUUUAAAAGCCC